AUGCUGGCUCAUGUUUUAUCUGCCAUAUCGGCCAACAGCAAUACUUCCAUGACAUUUAAGGAUUUGAAUGUUUUAGCUAAUUCUAUUGUACCUAAUAGAACUUGUAGCAGUUCCUGUUCAAACUGCUCCGCUGCAUCGUAUACCUUCAAUGCUCUCAAUUUAAAUCAUGCUAGUGCGAUCGAUGGCCAUCUGUUUGCUAACGCUUCUGUCAUCAUCGCGUAUAGCAUGAUCCAUAUUGGUUGGAAUCGUGUUUGCAACAAAACGACUAAUGAUAAACCAGGCGACUAUGAUUACCACUUAGAACAGGUUCUACAUCAUUUUGGCAAUGAAACAGCGAAGGGGAUGAAUGAAAAUGGGAUUGUUAAACUACUGAAAGAAGUAAAUGAAGAAUAUGGAUCUUCACAUCCAGCCACCAACGGGCGUAAGAUGGAUAAUAAUUUUACGGAUGACAAUAAGAAUGAUUCUCCUUAA